CCGGGAAGUGCUGUGGGGCGAGCGCGUCUCGAGGCCGCCGGCGCCGCUUCCCCGGCUUUUCUUCGUUUGAAGCGACAAAGCGGAGAUGCUGCUAUGAGGAGAGAAGUCAGAGAUGACUGAUGUUGAGCCUGUAGUCACAGAUUUUGCUGCGUCGGGACGGGCAGGGCGUCGAAAUGCCUUGCCGGACAUCCUGGGUUCUUCUGCUGGGGCUGGAAUGUCAGAACUGCCACACAAGCUAGCAGAGCUCUCCAUGUCAGAAGUUAAAGGAGCGGAAGGUGGAGAAGCUUCAACUUCUGAUACCACCAUUGAAAACCAAGAGAUGGAAGAAAAAACAAUGGAUUCCUAAUGUUUAUGAAAUGCUUGGUUUGGGGUGAUUACCCACAAACCGCACUGCCAGUGUGUCCAAGACUCUGAAAUAUAAAAUAUUUGUAGCUGGAUAAAAUGAAUAUGGCGCUGUCAAAAAAUUACAGUUAUGUUUUCAAAUUCA